AUGAUGUUGUUAUUGUGGAAUCUUCGAUGGUUGAUUUUACUUUUUAUAUUAGAACAACUUAAUGGAGAAUAUGUAAGGGGAACUUGGCCUUCAUUAAACUCUUCCACCGUACAACUAUUAGGCCUUUUUCAAGAUGAAAUGAACGGAUCUAAAUCUCUCGCAUUCUCGAUUCAUUCUCGCGCUAUGUUCAAAGCAGCAAUCUUACUUUCUCAACAAUAUGAUAUAACAAUUGAAGGACAAUUCAUAGAAUGGCAAAUUGCACAAACUAGUGGCAAAGCAAUAAAUACUAUAAGUAGUACAUGUCAAGCAAUGUCUGCUUCUAACAUUGUUGGUAUUGUGGGUCCAGUAUUUUCAAGAGAAACUCCUAUUGUUGCUGAUUUGGGUGACAGAGUUGGUAUACCUAUUAUAUCAUAUGCUGCAACAGAUCCUGAUUUAUCUGAUCGAAAUGUUUAUCCUGCUUUUUAUCGUACAGUUCCUUCAGACAGUAUGGCUGCAUCAGCAAUUGUAAAACUAUUUAUUCGAUUUAAUUGGACUUCAUGUAUAAUUAUUUAUCAAAAUGAUGCAUAUGGAUUUGGUGGUGCAAAAGUAAUGACUGAAGCAUUUAUUAACAAUAAUUUGAUAGUUGAACAUGCAUUAGUAUUUGAUAUAGCAACACUUCGUAUGCGAGAUAAUUUGAAAAAUGUUUUAAUUAGUAGCUCAACACGAAUUAUUGUAUUAUGGGCUGUAUCAACUUAUACAUCUUUAAUUUUACAAAAUGCACUUGAUUCCGAUGUACUUGGUCCACAUUUCAUAUGGAUACUAAGUUCAAGUGUUUCAUUAAAUUCUUUUAAUGAAACGUUUAAUCAAAAAUUAGUUGGAAUGCUUACUGUUGAACCUACAGUAGCAAAUGUUCUUCAUGCAUCAAUUAAUACAACAUUAUUAAAUGCAGCAUAUAAUAUUUGGAAACAAUAUGAACCUGAAACAUUUCCUAACUCAACAAAAGUAAAUUAUUACGCAUUAUUUGCAUUUGAUGCAACAUGGCUAUUGAUUCAAUCAUUAAAAGAAUUAUGUUCAAAAACUGCUUAUAGUUCUUCUCCGUGUAUAUCAUUUAUUAAUUCUUCAUUCUGCUUUGAUCGUCAUUUUCUCAAUACUAAUUCAUUUUUUAACAUAAUUAAUAAUAUGACAUUUCUUGGUGUCUCUGGUCCUAUACAAUUUAAUACUAAUGUAACAGAUCGAAUAGAUGGCAGUUAUUAUCUUGCACGAAACAGUCAAUUUUCUUCAAAUAGACUAAAUUUUGUACCAAUAUUGAAAUAUUCUAGUCAUGAUGGUUGGCAAGAAUAUUCAAAAGAACAUGUAAUUAUCUGGCCAAAAAAUUCAUUAAUACCCCCUACUAGUAGUGCAAAACUUGCUGGUGUUAACUUAAGAAUUGGUGUGAUUCAAUCAGUUCCAUUCACAAUGGUUACCACUGUAGCAAAUGAAUUUGAACAGAAUCCAACAAAUUUCAUUGGUUAUGUACCUGAUCUUAUUGAUCUUCUACAGAAUAAGAUGGGAUUUAUUCCGCAUGUUGAAUUACUACCAUUAAAUCGAACGUAUGCUUCAUUAGGGCAACUAGUAGAAGAUCGUGUUUAUGAUAUAAUAAUAGGUGAUGUAACAGUGACUGCUACAAGAAGAGGAAAGGUUGAGUUCUCAAAUUCAAUAUUUGAUAAUUCUUUACGCAUUAUUAUGCGAAAAACUCCUGAUGUUGAUAUAGAUCUCUUUGCAUUCUUGAAACCAUUCUCAUGUAACCUCUGGUUAUUGAUCUUCGCUACUACUAUUUUUGCCAGUAUUUUAAUUUGUCUAAUAGAGAGAGAAGAAAAUCCAACACUACAAAAUAGAUCAAUAAUUAAUUUAUGUGCAACAAGUGUGUGGUAUACUUUUGGUAAUCUUGUAGGAUAUGGUGCAGAUUUUCAUGUUAGAACAGCUGCUGGACGUUUAUUAACUGCUGGUUUAUAUAUAUUAUGUUUAGUAUUAGUUGCAUCAUAUACUGCAAAUUUAGCAUCUAAUCUAACAAUAUCAAAAUCGAAGGAUAUUAUUUCUGGAAUUGAUGAUAUUAAAAGUGGAAAGAUACCAUUCAAUCGUAUUGGUAUUCGCGUAGGUACAGCUAGUGAAGAAUAUUAUUUAAGAGAAAUCUCUGGAGGUAGACAAAAUUAUUAUCCAUUGAAAUCUCGACAAGAAAUAUAUGAUAGUUUAUUAAACAAUGUAAUUGAUGUAUCUUUCCAUGAUACGGGUGUUGCAGAAUAUGUAACUAAUAAUAUAUAUUGUAAUUUAACAUUGGUCGGUGAAGGUUUUGAUAAAAGUGUAUUUGGUAUUAUUACACCUAAACAAUGGUUAUAUGAACAAGAGUUAGAUGUUAAUAUAUUAUCCUUAAGAGAGUCAGGUAAUCUUGAUACUUUGCGAAGAAAAUGGUUUCAAGUACAGAAAUGUUUUGAUUCACCGGCAACAUCUAUUGGAAUUGGAAUUGAAUCAUUGAGUGGAUUGUUUAUAAUGUUUGGAGGGAUGUGUGUUCUAUCAUUAUUAUUAUUUGUAUGGAAGAAACGAAAAAUCUCAUGGACAACAACAUGUGAACAAUUGAAAGAUAAUACUGUACUGUUAUCCAAUAUCUCGCAUUAUUAG